AUGUAUGAUGAACGGACAAAAUUUACAGAUCCCCAAGAUCCUCACCAAAAGAACCGGAGAGGAUCCAACACUAAAGAGAAUGGACAUUCUUCCCUUUCUUCUCCGUCUCAGCAGUUAAUUAAUGAGUUCAUCAGCUCUAGUGUAAUUAUGGUGCCUGAUGUUGACAGGGAUUCGCUUCCUUGUCUUAUUAAGGUACAUGGGACAAUCAAUUUGUCUGACUUAAAGCUAAAUGAGGUUUUUGAGUUUGUUGGAGUUUUCACUUUCGAUUCAGAGUUUAAAGAGGACAAGGAUGAAUCAGAUGAUUUCACAAAUGGUUUUAGCAAAGACGAGCAACGGGUACCACGUCUCCACUGCUUUAUUCACAGGAAACUUGCAGCUCACGACUUCCUUCCUUGUUCCCCUACAAUCGAGCCAAAGCCCAACUUGGUGAAAGAGAUCAGGGAAUCUCUCUUAAGGCAUCUUACCGCUGUUGUUGGUAAUGAUGGCAUAGCUGCUAAUUUCAUGCUGUUGCAUCUCUUGUCCAAGCUUGGCCUUGCUCUCAAGAAUCUUUUACCUUUCACACAAUGUAUAUCCCUAACAGUGGAUUAUCUCAAGUCUCAACAUUGCUUCCCUUGCGCCAAGAAAGGAUUAAGAGACCAGCAGGUAAUGAGAUUUCUAAGUCUGUACCUUAGUGUCAGUUUUGUUCUAGUUUUUAACUUUUCACAUUGCUCCAGGCUGAUAACCGGAGCCCUGCAGCUGGCUGAGGGUUCACACAUGAUAUUUGAUGAGACCCGGUUGGAAGCUGGCAUUCUUAACUCUGUUGGGGUUGAAAAUGCAAGAUUGCUUAAAACUUUAAUAGAGUCGCAAAAGGUGGAAUAUGAUUUCAAGUUCUAUAAACUGGACAUGCCAGCAGACAUCCAAAUCCUUGUUCUUUCGGAAGGCAAAUCAAACAUUUUGCCAGCUGAUGUAGUGUUACCUUUCCAUCCUUCUUCAGUGGCUUCUGUUGACAUUACUGCAGAGGCACUAGAGGCUUGGAGAUGGUACUUGGCUUCUCUUAGAUCAUUGCCACAUUCUAUUGAGCCAGAAAUACAGAAGGUGAUAGAAAAUGACUUGGUUGCGGCAAGGCAGGAAGAUAGGACACUGGGAACCCAAGAUUUCAGCAGAUUGCUGACAAUGGGUCGAUUGAUGUCUAUGAGUUUCGGUGAAACCUCCCUAUCAUUAGAACACUGGCAGAUGGUCAAGGAACUCGAGAGGUUACGAAGAGAGAGACUCAAGUGAAUGUACUAUUCACCACUGAGAUUUGUUGUUACCGGCCACAGGUGCAGAUGUUUUUGUAAGAAAAUAUUGUGCCAUUAAUGUUAACAUGCUCUGCCAAUUUACAUCAAAUUUCAUACUCUUCAAACUCU